GCCGUGACAAGGAAACAGGUCCGGGCUGCCGCAACUGUCACAGGUCCGGGCUGCAGCGACUGUGAUAAGGUCGGGCUGUAACAGUUGGCUAGAAUACCACGAUGGGGCCACAACCGACCAUGGGCGAAGCGGGAGAGGAGUACAGGACAUCGCCCGAUCGAGCUCUGAGGGAUCUGAAGGAACGAAUUAGGCGAGAAGCACCGCUGAGAUGGGCUGACCAAACCAAUGACGGAGGUCCCGACGUAAGGGGCGAACCAGUUGCGACAGAGCCGCAGGAGGCUCUAAAGACGGGUACCUCCAGCGGACGACGAGAAGCGAUGAGGCGACGCUCCCCCGAGUACGAGCGGAGGGACACCAUAACGGACAGGCACAGAGACGGCUGGAGAGAGAGUUUGAGGGAUUCCUAUUGGAGGGACAGAGAUAGAGACAGGGCGCCGCCCAGGCGAGUCUUCGACCCCCAGACAGGGGAGUCACAUCCGCUCCCUUACGAGAGCAAGGAUCGCUAUAUUAUUACGCACAAGGCCUCAGAGCCUCCUACCUUCAGGGGCUAUGGUAUCACAGAAUAUCUGGAGAAGUGGGAGCUUCACGCCARCCGRAGUCAGUGGUCGGAGGAAGAGAUUAUAGAGAACUUCCUAUUUAAUGUGGACCCAAGUCUCAGUCUGGAGAAGUGGGAGCUUCACGCCAGCCGGAGUCAGUGGUCGGAGGAAGAGAUUAUAGAGAACUUCCUAUUUAAUGUGGACCCAAGUCUCAGUAGGGAAGUUAAGGAAGCUCGACCGAAGGAUGGGAAAUGRACUACGUACAAGAAGAACCUCGUUGAGCUUUACAAAUUGGAGGAUAACAAGUAUUCCAUCAAGGACCUUGAAACAAUGACUCAAGAUGAAGAUGAGAGCGUACGGGCAUUUGGGAUGCGUUUCCARAAGAUCUCCGACGUGCUGAUGAAGAAGGGGAAGAUCUCAGAGGUCGAGCGCGGUACUAUCUUCAUCGGACACUUGUCCAAAGGUAGGCAAAAGAGUAUUUUUAGAGAUCUUCCGCGCGACAGGCUUGAUUUUCCAGAAGUCCUAAAGCUCGCGAUAAAGGCAAAGGCAGACGAUUACAAGGACUUGGUGUGGAGAGGGAUGAGGAGACGUGACUUCUCUCUCUACAAGGAGUAUGCCACGAAUAGAUGUCCUGAUUUCAAGGACUAUCCCUGGUCGGAGAAGAAUGAGGCCGUGGCUGAGGAAGUGAAGGAGAUACGGGACAUGGUGAAGGGAUUGACGAAACAGACCGAGACCGCAGAGAUCGCGAGCCGUUUGCGCGAGCAAGGAGGCUGGAUGAUUACCCGCGAAGCCCUCGCUAUGAGGCCGAUCGGGGUAGAGGCGACUCCCGCGGCAGAUGGGAGACAGAUCAGGGCCGACGACAUGUAUAUAGGGACGACAGAUACGAAAGAUCGGACCGAGAUGGAUAUAGGGACGACAAACACGAGAGAUCGGACCGAGACAGAUAUAGGGACGACAGAUACGAGAGGUCGGGUCGAGAUGGCUACAGAGGUGGUAGGUAUGAAAGAGGAGAUCGGGACUGGGAACGACGAGAUGGGUCGCGCAGACGGUUUGAGCGCGGGGGAGAUGCGAGAGAGCAGCGUGACGAGUCGCGCAGGUGGUACAACCGAGGGGACAGACGAGAUGAGUCACGAGGGCGAUAUGACUCAGGACCGCCGGAAUGAUUCGCGAGGGCGGUAUGAGCAAGGAGGGUCUGGAGGAGACCGCCGCAACGAUUCGCGCGGUCGGAAUGAAAGAGGGGGAUAUGGCGUCUCAUCAGAACCAUAUCCCAAGUCGCCUGACCCCAAGGCAGCCAGGAGUUCGAUCUCUAGAAGCGUAGACGACAGGCCAUCUACUCCCAGGAACUCAUGUGUCUACUAUAGAGGAGAAAAUCAUAUCAAGAGGGAUUGCCCGGACCUCAAACGGGCAAUAGAUGAGGGACUUGUCGUGCUUGACGACCGCAAGUACGUCAAGUGGGCAGAUGGUCUGGGAGAUGUAUCGAUGUUCCCUUCGAUGAAGGAGAAUGUCGAAGCAAGGAGAGUAAAGUCGAGUAAAGAAAAGGAGCCGGUCAGGAGCCAAAGCAUCAAGAUAACCUUUGAGGGGGAUAUGGCGACCACACCCAUAAGGGUGGCAGCCACCAAGUCGGCGAGAGGGUGUACAUCGAAGAAGACUCACACGGAUUACGUGAUGGUGAAGAAGGACGGGCAGCGGGUCGAUGGAGAGGAGGUUAUCCUUUCGCCGCGAAAGCGGGGAGUGAAGAAGUUCUUAAUGAAGAGUUCGCUGGACGAGAUUGACACGGUCGAGCCACUGAGGCGGGCCCUUCGACAACCCAUGCAGUGCUCUAUUCUGGAGUACCUGGCGGCAUCGAAGCCGGCUCGUGAUGAGUUACAGAUGAUCACGCGGAAGACUCGCAUACCUCUAUCGGAGGAGGGUCAGGGGGCCCUCAAGGCGGAAGCUUCUACAGUAGCAGUAACAGGGGUGACUGCCAGAGCGGAUCGCAUGGCGACAGUCAUUCUCGAUGGGAUGGAAGGUGUGCCUCCAGACAAGUUUUAUAUACUUGGUAGCGGGGCCGUUGAGACGAUUAUAAACGAUGGAGCGGUACUCGAUACUAUGAUCGAUAACGGCUGUGAGGCUAUCAUCAUAGACGAGGGCCUGGCAGUACAGGUUGGACUGGGCCUCGAUAGGUCAUACCUAUUCGAGAUAGAGACGGCUGAUGGGAGAAAGCAACAGAUCACUKGGGUUUGUCACAAGGCAGCCAUAGAGGUCCAAGGGGUACGAGUGACCCUGCCUGUCUUUGUAGUCAAGAACUGCAGCUCCGACCUGCUCUUGGGUCGAACGUGGCUGAGCCACGUGCAUGCGGUGACGAUAGAGCGACUUGAUGGGAGCCAAACAUUGUCCAUUAAGAAGCCAAACGGGACGCGGGUAAUGAUUGAGACAGUGGAACCUCGGGACCCGAGGAAUACAACAGCUCUCGCUGUGGGUGCGAGACCCAGUGAUCAGAUUAAGUCGUUACAUAUCUCCGGUCGCGCGAAGGAGAAGGAAGAAGUUGUAGCUUUCCUGAAAGAAAAGAUGGUUUCCCAUGUUGCAGAGCCGUCUGAUAGCGCUUAUGCUAAUCGAUGGUUCUUCCUACGAAAGCCGAAUGGCAAAAUCCGAUGGAUCCAGGACCUUCAGAAGGUCAACGCGGUGACGAUACGAGACGUGGGCUCCGUGCCACACGUCGAUUUACUGGCAGAAGGCGCCGCAGGUAGGUCGAUUUAUUCGGUCUGUGAUAUGUUCUCAGGCUAUGAUGAGGUGCCACUUGACCAUAGAGACAGACACCUCACGGCAAUGCAUACGCCAUUGGGACUAAUACAGAUGAUGGUUGUUCCUAUGGGUUGGACUAAUGGGGUAGCCGUUUUUCAGAGAGCCAUGGUAGCCGUCCUCAAGGACUUCAUCCCUGAUAAGGUUGAAGUUUUUCUGGAUGACUUUCCUAUAGAAGGGCCAGUAAACAAGGAUGAGGCAGAGGUUGCACCUGGAGUUAGAAGAUUCGUCGAGCAGCACCUAACGGAUAUUUGCGCGGUACUCGAGCAGCUGGACGAUGCGAAUCUAACAGUCAGCGGAACAAAGAGCCGAUGGGCCGUCUCGACUAUUAAGAUCUUGGACUUCAUCUGUGACUCGAGGGGACGCCGAGCAGAUCCAGCGAAGUUAGACAAAGUCCUGAACUGGCCGUCACCAUUACAUAGUCCAACCGAGGUCCGACAGUUUCUGGGAGUGGUCGGUUACUGGCGUAUAUUCAUACGAGGGUAUGAGGAGAAGGCUGAGCCAUUGAGACUACUCCUUCGAAAAACUGAGAAAUUCUACUGGGAUUGCUCGCAGGAACUCGCUAUGCAAGAGCUUAAAGAUGAAUUUAAGGAGGGAGGACGCGUACUGGGCGUGCCGUACUUUGAUGAUGAGGCUGGGAGACCCUUCAUAGUAGCCACAGAUGCUGGGCCUUGUUCGGUAGGAGGGUUGCUGUCUCAGAAGGACGCUGAAGGGAAGGAAAGACCAUUAAGAUUUGAGAGUAGGACACUUUAUACGGCAGAGCGAAACUACAGUCAAUUCAAGAAGGAAGUAUUAGCUCUUCUGCGGUGUCUAGACACGUUCAGAUAUUAUAUCUAUGGACGACGGUUCAUCUUGAGAGUGGAUCCCACUGCGGUCGCCUCUGUCCUCCAGAAGGGCUUUAGCCUGACAGACCCGACCAUUUCACGAUGGUUAAUACGGAUUCGGUUAUAUGAUUACACCGUGGAGAGGAUAUCUGACACUAAAAAUGUCGUAGCGAAUGGGCUCCCUCGGAUCCCUCUUGAGGGCAAGCGCCCGAUAGUAGCUGGAGCCCUGACAAUGGCAGAGCCGAGACGCGCCGAGAGAUUUCUAGUUAAUCUUUACGAGGGCAAGUACCGAACGAUCAGACUACACCUGACGGGAGAGGAGAGUCAAGAUUCAGAUAUCCGGAGACAAGCAUCCCAGUACUGCCUUAGAGUGGGCCACCUUUUCCGAAGGCCAGUAGGGUCGGGAAUGCGCUUACGAGUAGUCUGUGAUCCUGAAGAGAGACAGACGAUAGUAGCAGAGCUUCACGAUGGGGUGGUCGGAGGACAUAGAGGAGUCAGAGGGACCUACGAAAAGGUACGCAGGCUGUACUGGUGGGAAAGACAGUAUAAGGACGUCGAGAGAUAUUAUAUAACCUGCGAAGAAUGCUAGAAGAGAGCUCUUGUGAAAUACAAAGAGCCACUUCAUCCAUUCAUCCUAUCCAACCCGACCAGGAGAGAAGGUACACAUCGAUCUGGUAAAGAUGCCGAAAGGGGUAGGCAAUAUGAACUAUGUUGUGAACAUACGAGACGACUUCACGGGGUUCGUGGACGGUAGAUCUAUCAAGAGUAAGACGGCAAGGGAAGUGAAGAACUUCRUCCUAGAGUACUUAUCUAGGUAUGGUUGUGUCAGCAAGAUAGUGAUGGACAGAGGAGCGGAAUUCCUGGCUGACGAG